AUGUAUGCCCACAAAAUAUUGACUACACUGGCUGUAAUCACAGUGUUGAUCGCCCUUGCGACCCCUGUCCAUGGACAGGGCCAGAUGGCACCACACAAGACGAUGAUCCGUCGUCGUGGGUUGAUAUUCCCUGAUCCAGUGUCUAGUUCCUCGACGAGUCAAGAUGGACCCACCAGCACGGUGUCAUCGUCGUCAACUCAAUCAAGCUCUGCGCCAUCGUCGACAGGCUCCUCGACAAGCUCGUCCUCAGGCUCGUCGUCGGGCUCUGUCCAUGUGCGUAAUGGUGAUGCUACACACUAUCAGCCAGGUCUAGGCUCUUGCGGCAAGCAAAGCGACAGCUCAGAGAUGGUCGUUGCUCUGCCACACUCGCUCUUCGACUCGAAAAUGGGCGGAUCCAACCCAAACAACAAUCCACUCUGUGGUAAGAAGGUGAAGGCCAGCUUUGAUGACAAGUCGAUUGAAGUCAAGGUGGUAGACCGGUGCCCAGGCUGUGGUGAGAAUGACUUGGACUUGUCGCCUACGGCGUUCCAGAAGCUGGCACCUCUUGGCAAGGGACGCCUGAAAAACAUGAAAUGGCAUUUCCUUGACUAA